UGGAACAGGAUGGUGGUGUAUAGCUUCUGCUGGACUGGCUUCGAAUCAAACAGAGACAAUGAUAGGGACACGCAGAGAAACAAAGACAAGCAUAGGGAGAACACGAUCGAACAGUAACUGACAAAGACACAAAUACGUGUAUGUACAGAGCGAGAAAGAGGGAAGUGCAGACGAAACCAGGCUGAAAGAGCUUGCACAGGGUGAAGCAAGAAGGAGGGAAGAAGGUGGGAGAGAGAGACCUGGGAUCGGUGCUAGAAGAGCGGCCACGAGAGCGCCAGAGAGAGAACGGGCAACUAAGAGAAAGAGAGAGAGGAGGGAAGCACCGGUGGAGGAGGCAUUAUAUACUGGCUGGAUCCUCAUUCGGCUGCCAGUUUCUCGGCUGUACGCGGCUACGAGUGUACCUCUACUCGACCAACGAUAUAUUCGUGACCUUAUCCAAGCCGGGGAGGAAUUGACAAUCUCUUUGGGACCGGGAAGAAACAGCCUGCUGUUCCUUCUUCUUUAAAUCAAGGACGCUCGAGUCCAAGGACAACUACUGCUUGUUGGAAAUCUCGUCGUCUGAUUCCAUCUUCUUUCUUUUUUUUUUCCCCUCCCGUUGGAUCUUCCAACGUCGUUUUACUUUAUACAUCGAAGACUUUUCGAGACAUUGACAUCUUUCAAGAUAUUCGGAGCUAUUCCUCGGCUGUUUCUCUCUGUGUACAAGCAUCCAGGGGUGACACAUCUUGAGAAGAGGAUCUUGAAGACGCUGCGGAGGGUGUACGCGUGAGGAGAUACCUCGGUGAAGAUCAUAAGAAAAGAACGAUGGCCACUUACGCGACCUACAGACACGUCGAGCUCGACAAUGUUGGAUACGGAAAGAAAAGGGUAUUGAAACCCCCUGGUGGCGGAAGCAGCGACAUUUUCGGUGCGGCCCCCGAAGAGACUAGCCCCCGCCGCGUGAAGAACCACAACCAGUCGCAGCUGGGCUCGGCGCUGUUCGGCGAUACACCGAACAGCAACAGCAACGAAACGCCGCGCAACAAGCCCGGUAAUGAUUCAUACAAUCGCCUGUUUGGCCCUCCCGAUGCCCCACCCACCACCCCAAACGCGAAAAAUCACAUGCGCAGCAAUAUCUCCCUCAGCGGGGAGUCGACGUCCUCAUCGGUGUCAUCAGGCGCCGCAACGUCGCCCGCGAAGAGCACCGGAAGUACGGACUCGAUCGCGGGCGUUCUCAACGGAUACGCGGCCAGCAAUGGCAACAAUCUGACCAACGAUGUCACAGCUUUUAGGAGAAUCAAACGAUUUCGUGGAUCAUCCUGCUUAACUCGCAACCCGGUCACCGGAGACGGAGUUGACGUGACGCCCGUGAGGCGCAGCGCACGAAGGUGUCGAGAUGGUAACCCGGUAACCGGAACUGGCUACGCAGAGUCACAGAACAACGGGCCUGCCGUGCAAAACGGAACGUCCAGCUCGAAUUCCAGCGAGAAGUCGAACGACACGUCGCCGGCAGCGAAGGUUCCGGCACGUACACGCGUGCCACCCGGUGGAUACUCAUCCGGACUAUGGUAAAAAUGUGGCCUCAUGGACAACCGCUGAUCGACAUCCUCCUUUCGAUUGGCGCCAGAAAAACCCUUCCAGUACUGGCAAAUUCGAAAGAAAACCGGAUCCUCCAGUUAAACAAUUACUACAGUAGUAAAAAUAUUCAGUUUAGGAGCGAUUGGUUUCUUGUUUCGAUUAAGAAAGCGAAGAUUAAUUAACCGCGUUUACGUAUUCUUUUUCUGAGGAAUUCUUCUAGACGAACCGUAUUCUUCCCGUUCCUAUCCUUUUUUUUUCUUUUUAUAGGCAGUAGCUUGAAGUCGAUCUUAGAUCUUGAAUUUUACACGGGAGAUCACUCGACUUGAAAUCUUAGAUUUUAAUGUAACUUCGGAUACAAAUCGAUUUCUUUCUUUUUCUUAGUUGUUUAAAUUCAUUUGCGGGAGAAAACAAUAUCAUUUAUGGGGGAUGGAAAAUGUAUUUGGCCAAUUAUCUUGGAAUACCUUUAAGAGCGAAGAUUGAUUAUUAUUGAUACGUUUGGGUAAAUAAAUUUUUCAUGUCCCGUUUUCUGGAUUGUUCCCAAUUUAUAAAUAUGAAUUUCGGCAGCUGGGGAGAAAUACGUAAUAUUUUUUGAUGCUCUAUCUUGUGUUCAAGGUUUCAUCAAGAUCUCGUAAUUUUCAGUUGGGUGAUAUUCCUUUGUUAGAAUUUACAGUUAUUUCAAAGUUGAGAUUCGGUUCGUGUUUUCUAUCGUUCAUUCUUAAUGUUAUAUAGAGUGAAUUUCUGUAUCACGUAGGAAGGGUAGAGGAGGAGGUUUAGAGCAUAAAAUUUGGCAGAAGUUGUCGAAUGUGAGUUAUCAAGAUUUCAAUUUUUAUUCUAAGAACUUUCGAGAAUGUUAUGUUCGUAGUUUGUGCUUCUUUUACAUUCGAAUGUGUUGAAGUAAAACGGAAGAAAGAAAGAAAGAAAGAAAGAAAGAAAAAAAGAAAGAAAGAAACGAUGGUUCGAAUGAGAAAAUGAAUCCUGCCAAAUUCUGGAAGGCGAGAAAUCGGAAGCGAGCGUCAAGAACCACGCUUCUUUGAAUUGAUAGACUGCUGUCGGUUGGUUUUUUCUUCGGAUAAGGAAAACAAAUCGUAAUUUGUAAUUGAUGAAUAGUGAAAAAUUAAAUGAAAAGAAAAAAAAUAACGCGAACGUCCAGAGAGUAGAAGAGAGAUAGCCCUCAAUUCACGAAUGUAAUAAUGAAUACUUA